AGUUCAGCGGGUAAUUGUGCAAAUUGCCGAAUUAACUUUACAUGUUGCUUCUGCUUCCUUUUCUUGGGUAAGAUGACGAAGCGGAAACCAAAGUCAGUGAAGAGUUGAGAGCAAAGAAGAGGAAAGAAAGCCAUGGACCUACUUGCAUUUAACAAUCAAACCUAUUUUCAUUUUCCAAUUUCUAAGAUUAUUCCGCCUCGGAGGCAGAGGCAAUGUAGUGCGAAUGACUUGGUUCUUCUAUCUCAAUUUUCUAAAGAAGAAUGCUUCUCUUCUAACAUGAGGUGGAAAGGGCAACCUGUUCAUGAAAGGACAAAAAUUAAACAACUUCAUGCUCUUAGAGUUAUAUCUUCAGGUUUGGAAGAUUCUCAAGCUUCUUCUUCCCAGUUUGAGGAAUUUUCUGUAACGCCGUGUAAAACUAACAAAGCUAAUGAAUUGAAGAUAAGCAUGGUUGUUGAAGGCAAAAGAACUCAAGCAAUUUUUGAUGAUGUGUUUUCUUCGAUGGUUGCUGAUGCUCAGCCAAUUCCAGGGUUUCGAAGAGUCAAAGGAGGAAAGACACCAAAUAUACCCAAAAACAUUCUUUUGGAAAUUCUUGGGCCAGCAAAAGUUUACAACCAAGUCAUUAAAAGAAUAAUAAGCUCUACCAUCUCUGAUUAUGUGCAGAAGGAAGGUUUGUCAGUUGGUAAAGAUUUGCGAGUGCAACAAAGUUUUGAAGAUCUUGAAGCAACAUUUGAACCUGGUGAUCAGUUCAAAUUUGAGGCCAUCCUUCAGUGUCAAGAUUGAAGUUUUACAAAUAAGCUUUUUGGUAUUUUAUUGUUGUUUAGAACUUAGCUUAGCUUAGUUAUGGCAUAGUGUUUUGUAAAGCAUGAUGUUAAAAUUUUUUGCUUCCCAGUUCUAUUUGGAAGUAUGAUUGUGGGAGAUAUAGUUCAUAUUUGAUUCAACUUCUAAUUGUACAUUAUCCCACCGGGUUGCCCAAUUACAGUUUGUCAUUCCAAAGUUUCAAGAGGGUGAGACAUAUUUC